CUAUGUUUGACAUUUACUAGAUGUAAAUAAUACAACAAAUUAUCACCUGAAAUUAAAAAGGAGUCUUAUUUAUUACCUUUUAAUUUAUUUGUUUAGUACCUUCUAUUAAAAAUGGAUGAGGAAGCACAAGAUGAACCUUCGGUACCCGCGUACCUCCGGCACAGAAGUCCUACAUUUAGCAGAGAAGAAGUGAAGGCAUUAUUUAAUAUUGUCGAUAAAUAUAAGACCAUAAUUUUUAACAAAUCAACAACAUCAGCCGCUUGUCGUGCAAGAGAGGUAGCUUGGAUGAAAAUAGCUAAAACAUUUAAUCGACAAGGAAUAAGUCACGUAAGGUCGGCAGAUUGUUUAAAAAUAAAAUGGGAUAACAUGAAGAAAAGGGCAAGAAUGGCAAUGUCAAAAAAUUUAAUGGAUUUGAGCCACAAUGAAUUCGAUGAGACAACUAGUCAAAUGGUGGCUAUGAUGUGCGAGGUGGAGAACAACACAGGCAAUGUGGAAGACCCUGUAGAGUCUAGCGAAGAUUUAAAUGUUUCAGAAAAUGAAAAUCAUAAAGAAUCAAAUGAUAGACCCUGGAAUGGUAAUGAAGACAAGGAUUCUAAUGAUUCUUCAACCGAUGGUGCAAAUGAAAGAUUUGUAAGCCGGUCGAUAAACUUCUCGCCAGAUGAAUGCAAUUUGUUACUCCAAUGUGUGAGGCAAGAAAAAAAUAUUGUAUUUUCAAAGACAAACACAGCAAGCUUUAAUAAAAUGAAAAAUCGUGCUUGGGAACGGAUUUCAAAUUCAUAUAACAAACUGAGUCCACAAAAACGUUCCCCAAAAGUUCUCAGAACAAAGUUUUCAAACAUGAGGAAAAUGGUAAAAAGUAGUAACAUCAAAAACUAUUUCAAGGAAUUCGCAAAGAAAAGUCAUAGCCUAGAAGAUUCUGGUAGUAAAAUAAAAUCUGAACCGUUAUUCGAAUGUCGAAGCAGCAUGGAUGCUGACAACGACAGUGACCUGGACGACCAAAUGGAUGCUGACAAUAAGUCCAGCAACAGUGACGUCAACACGACACUGGAUCCGCUAAGCACUGUACUAAACACCGAAAUAGGUUUAAAUUCCAUUAGUGAAUUUGAAAACAAGGAAAUAGUGAGGUUAAAAAUUGAAUUAUUAAACUACAAACUAGAAACUGCUAAGUUAAAGAGAAAAAGGAUAGAGGAUUUAAUACAAGCUGACGCGGCUGAACGUGAGUCGAAAGCUAGAGAGACUGCUUUGAAGUUGAGGGCAGCGAGGCUGGAGGCAAUUGCAGCAGAAAUGAAGUUUCCCUCUGCCCAUCCUGCUCUCGCCUACACAGCCGAAGAAACAAGGGCACAACACUACCUACACCAAUACCACACUAGUUGAAAAUAAUUAUAGUAUAGAACUGGCAACAGUGAUAUUAAAAUUAAAAAAUAAUGCAAAAUAUUAUGUCGAACUGAAAUAAUGAAUGAUAAUAGAAAUGUAAAUAUUAUACUCAAAAGCCAUGAGGUUAAAUUAUUAGAAAAUAUUGAAUUUCGAGUAAACGAUCUAAUUACAAUAA